GUCCAAAGUUGAAUGCAAUAGUUGUGAAUAUAUCUCCUCCCAGUUACUGAUCUAGAUUAGUACUUAUCAUCCUAUAAUUGGUCUAAUACCAAACCAAAACCAAAUUAUUUUUCCCCUCUGAGUUUAUCAUUCCCUGCAUUGAUGUAAUUUUGGGUUAUAUCCUAAACAAUUUACCCUACUGAGCAUACCUACCCUGAUUUCCAAUAAUACUUUAGCAAUUAAGCCCGAGGUGGUACGGCUAAGGGCUGUUCUUACAAAAGACGCAACACAGAAUGCCUGGACACAGCCCUAUGCGUGGUAUAUUGUCCGUAUAUCACAAACCCCCAAGGUGCCUUAUUGCUAUUAUAAACUGGUUACCAACGUAAUUGGAGCAGUAAAAAUAAAUGUUCUGUCAUACCUGUGGUAUACGGUCUGAUAUACCACGGCUUUCAGCCAAUCAGCAUCCAGGGCUAUAAACUGGGUGGUUUGAAACCUGAAUGCUGACAGCUGUGGAAUAUCAGAUCUCCAGGUUGCGUCGUGCAUAAGAGCAGCCCUUAGCCGUGGUAUAUUGGCCAUAUACCACGCCACCUCGGGCCUUAUUGCUUAAAUAACCCACAUCCAUCUGUGUCGACUCGUAACAUAGGGAUAGAUCGAAACGCACAGCUUCUUCCAAAACCCCAAAAUAUCUCCCAAGUGGCAAGCUUGACGCCCAUAACCCCUUACCACAGAUCUAGGGUCUUAUAAGCCUACCCCAAAUCCUGAACUUUGAAAAAAUAUCUGAGCAUGUAUCAGUGACGUCUACUAACUGGAAGGUACAGGACGAUGGACUGACUGUUGGGGAGGCAUGGAAAAUGGCCAAUCGUAAAGUCUUCCACUCUCUGGUUAGAAGUUUCUCAUGAGCAGGUCUAGGAUCAGUGUACCCUGGCCCAGUCCUAAUUAUAACUUCGGGUGGAAAAUAGUUGGAACAGAGCUUGGAUCAGCGCCUGCAGGCAACUCCUUAUUUGAGUAAUAUGAAGUGGGUGGGCCUUCAUGAGAGGUGUUCGCAAAGUCUGCCCCAUCCAGAAGAUUCUCUCUCAAUACCCAGUCCCUCUUCCACCUCUCUCUUCCCCUCUUUUUUUGAUCCAGCACUCACUAGCACAUGCUUCAGGAGCUCUGGAGACUCAGUCCAGUCGUCCUAGCUCAACACAGGAACCAUCAUGGCCAACUGCAGCAGUGUAUCCAGACUCGUCCUUCUGGUCCUGCUAGGCCUCUGGGUAGCCACCAUCCACUCCGAGACCGUGGAAGACCCCACGCCAACUUUACAAGGGGACAACCAGGACACACUGUCCGGUGGCGGGACAUAUGACGUCACCACCAAAGAUCCCUUCAAGGACAUGACGGAGAGAGUGUUAACCUUCGAGUAUGAGGACACCACCCACUCACAGGUCAUGGAUGAGGAGGAAGGUGUCCUGGGCCCGGGCGCCAUCACAGCUAUUGUCAUCGCUGUCUUCCUGGGGGCUUCAGUCCUCCUCGCCCUCAUUGUCAUCACACUCAGGAAGUUCACCACUUCCUAGAGCCACAACUUCCUCUUCCUCCCUUUCAAUCUCUCACACUUUUCUUAUUCUCUCACUUUUGCUCAGUUUCUCUUAUACCCACACAUAUUGUGAAAGUGACAACCCUUCUAUAACCCCUGGACGCUCUAAUAUAAUGGCAGGUCCCUUUAGCCUUGAAGCGCAACCGACAAUGAAUUUCCUUCAGACUCUAGCUACUAUAAUCAUAUUGUUUAUGUUGGCACACAUGUCAGCUUGUUACUAAAGGGUCAAUCCUAGCUUCCACUCAAGUCAAAAUUGACUUACAACAGAGACUGGCAGGUUCUUCCAGUGUAUACAGGUAACUGCCAAAAUAAUGGAAACACUUGAGUAAAUGAGAGAGAAAGUAUAUUGAAAGCAGGUGCUUCCACACAGGUGUGGUUCCUGAGUUAUUUCAACAAUUAACAUCCCAUCAUGCUUAGGGUCAUGUAUAAAAAUGCUUAUCAGGCCAUUAUUUUGGCUAACAUGACUAUGCCCCCAUCCACAGGGCACAAAUGGUCACUGAGUGGUUUGAUGAGCAAACGAUGUAAACCAAAUGCCAUGGCCGUCUGUCACCAGAUGGGAUAUUCUGGAGUGGUGCUUGUGACAGCAUUUUCCACCACCAUCAACAAAACACCAAAUUAUGGAAUUUCUCAUGGAAGAAUGGCAUUGCAUCCCUCCAAUAGAGUUGCAGACACUUGUAGAAUCUGGUGCAUUGAAGCUGUUCUGGCGCAUGGUGGCCCAACGCCCCCUAUUAAGACACUUUAAGUUGGUGUUUCCUUUAUUUUGGCAGUUACAAUCAGAUCCACUUUAGCCAACAUCCGCUUAGCGGAUAAUGCCAGAGGUGAACUGCAUUAUAGCUGUCAAAUCUAGUGGCUCCAGGCAUUACACCAAAAUCAGACAUCUCCCUUGGUCACAUUAAGAGAAAUCCAAUGCCUGUCAAGAUUUCCUAAA